AUGGAUGAUGAAAUGAUGAGGAAAAGCACUGAGGACAGGGGGAAGGUGAACGAAGGACCCAAAUCGGUCCCUGGCGCGGCAGCGCAGGCAGCAUCCCCAGGUAGCACCAGGGCAGGGCUAGGGAAGAGAAGUCAGGGCAGGUGAGAGGCCAAGUCAUUCAGCGGCUGAGCCUCUCUCCGUCCUGCGGAGGAUUGCAGUUUGGGCUUGGGGUCUCGGCACAGAGAGGGGAAAGCAUCAGCCUCUGGCUGGGCCAGAGCAGAGAAGGGCUCCUGGCUUAGUCAGCUGCCCCAUUUCCAGUUCAAGGAGAUAACGAAGAGGCGCAAACGCCAGCAGGAAAGGCUGGGCCCAGGAACCUACAACAUCAGGGACUUUCUGCAGGAGACACGGCCCUCCAGCCUCCGGGGGAUCUGCGACAUGAGGGAGCAGCGGUUCAGAGAUACCCACAGGGACUGCUUCCCUGGUCCCGGCACGUACGGCCCCCGAGGGAACCCCUACGUCUGCCUUGAGGAGAGGGACAAGCAGUCCGCCAGCACGCGAGGGCUGAUGGACAGCAGGACGGCGAAGUGUGCCCUGCCGGCAGCCGUGGGCAGCGGCCUGGGACCCGGCACCUACCACCUGCAGAGCAGCAUCGACGAGGGGCUGCGGCGGGCGGGCGGCCCCGGCCCCUGCCAGCCCUUCUCGGGGGACAGGUCGAAGCCCGCUGGUGGUGGCCAUCACGCCUUGGAGAGGAGAGGCGCCGAGCUGAGCACUGGCACUGUCAAGGGUUUCCUGGACGAGCUGACGUUGAAGGAGAACAAGAAGAAAGGCUGCUUCAGCACCCUGCCGAGGAACCUGGGCUGCCCUAUGGAGAGGAUCUUCUGGGCCACGCUCAGCCAGUGCCCGAGGGAGGCGUAUGCGAUGGGGCCAGGCUCCUACAACCCAAAGCCCGUUGAGAGACCAGCGUACUCCAGCCAACCCCCAUUCUGGUCAUCUGCCAAGAGAUUCGACAGAAAGUCCUACCGCCUCUUUACUGGGAACGAGAACCCUGUAGGUGUCGGUCGCUACGACAUCACCAAGCAUGAAAAAUACCCUCAGAAGAUGAGAUACCAGUCCCUGUACCGGUGUGACGCGCAGCGAUACCUGAGCAACUUGAAGCAGGAUGCCUACUUGCUUGAGCGGCUCAAGCCCGUUGCUAAAAUCAACUGGAGUGAUUUGGUUUCUGCUACACCUUGUCCAGAUACCUCUGAAGAAAUCACUGUUUUCCGAACAUCAGAUGGUGCUGGAGAGCCCCAGUCAGUGAAUACGUGGCAGAGACGCCAGCGGAUGAGACGGAGUAGAUGA